AUGAAAGGUUUCGAUUAUACAAGUAAUUUGAUUUAUUCUUAUAAAAAUUCAUUGAAUGAAAUGAAAUAAAUACUUGAAUUUGAUGGAUAUAAUGAUUUUGAAAUUAAGGAGGAAUUAAAUUUGAUCAAAUAUACGAUUAACAAUUAACGAGUCAUUAAACUAAAUUAUUUGCUUUAUCUUUUUGUAAUUUUAUUUAAAUAUAGUAAAGGAAAUCAAAUAUGUAAGAAUAACAGUAGCAUAAUUAAUUUAAUUAUGUAAGGAGAUUGUUCAAAAAUAUUAUUAAAUGUAAUAGAAUUCAAUAUAACAUAAUUAUUUGCAUUUAAAUAGAGUUUUAUUAAAAUUAGAUUCAAACUAAGAAAGUCUAUCGAUAUUACCAAUAAAAUUAAAUUAUAAAGUACAUUUUACAGGAUAUGAUUGUCCAUUCUAUGAAAGAGAAGAUUUUUAAAAUUAUUAAAUUAAUGAUGCAGAUGCUAUUAAAUCUAUUGUUUUAGAAAUUAUUAAUUUUAUAGAAAAAUAUUCAAUGAGAAAAACUAGAAAUGAUUAAAAGUUCUAAUAAAUAAUUGAAAGUUUAAAAAGUUCAAUCCGUGAAUCAUUUGAUUCAUUUAUUCAAAUAAUAAAUGAAAUUUUUUAAUAAUAUUCUAAUUAAAAUAAUGAAAAAUAAAAAUUAGUUAAUAUAGAUUAACAAUUUGAACAUUUAAAUUUUAAAAGAAACAAGUUUUAACAUAGUGUGUAAUUAAAUCUAUAAGAACUUUAAAAUAAAUUUUUAACAAAUAAUAAUUAUCAUUUUUAUGAACUUAAUUUAUAUAUAACUUUGCCAUUGAUGACAAAAGAAUUUAGAAAAAGUAUAACUAUUUAUUUACCUUAAUAACCACCAUAAGAUUUAUUAUUUAUUAGUAUUAGAAAUUAAUUAGAAUGUUGUGAGGAAAAUUUAAUAAAAUCGUUAAUUAAUGAACAAAUUGAUAUUUUUAAUAAAUCAUAUAAGUUUGAAUGGGAUAUAAAUGCUAUUAUAAAAGAAAUAAAAAAAAUAUUACUUUUAAAAUAUUAAAUACUCGAAUAUUUUUACAAUGAUUAUCAAAUCUUAAUAAAUAAUGAUGUCGAUAUAAUAAUUAAUUAAAUUAGCUUCUUAAAGAAAAAUAUAGCAUAAGAUGCAAUUAAUAAUUUUAUUUAUGAUUAUUAGUUAAGUUUAAAUUUGCUUUAAUUGAUUGAUGAUUCUAUUUGA